CUUCUGGUUUUCGAACUCGUGACAUGUUCUUGUCCGCCCGCAGACCAGAACUCAAACCCCUCCUCCGUUUCCCUCCCCUCCUCAACCACGCCCACAGCGCAUCCCAGUCUCUCCCGCCACGCCCUUCCCUCGCCCAAAUCAAGCAGGCCCACGCCCGCAUCAUCGUCCUCUCCGGCCACCCCGCCGCCCGCGCCGCCGCCGGGACCAAGAACCGCCUCCUGGGCCACCUCCUCCUCCGCCUCUCCCUCGCCCCGCCGCCGAGCCCUCUUCGCUAUCCCCUCGCCCUCUACCGCAGCAUCGACCCCCCCUCUGUCUUCGCCUCCAACAACGUGAUCCGAUGCCUCGCCCGGAGCGAUCUCCCUCUCGGGUCGGUCUCCGUCUACGCGUCGAUGCUGCGGCGGCGGGUGGGCCCUAACGAGCAUACCUUCACUUUCGUGCUGCAGGCCUGCGGGAAGGGCGUGGGCUUGUUCGAAGGGAGGCAGGUCCACGGUCAUGCCGUGAAGCUCUGUUUUUGUGGGGAUCCGUACGUUAGGAACGCUUUGAUUCACCUGUAUUGCGCUUGCUCUGAAAUGGGCGCUGCGGGGAGGUUGUUCGACGAGCUCCCUGGUUGCAGAGACGUCGUCACGUGGAAUUCGAUGGUGGCGGGAUUCGCGAGAGAUGGGCAGAUUGACGUUGCUAAGCAACUUUUUGAUGAAAUGCCCAAGAGAGAUGUUGUUUCUUGGACUGCUUUGAUUUCUGGCUACGUUCAAAAUGGUGAGCUGGAAAGGGGAUUAGAGUGUUUUAUGGAGAUGAGAGAGUUUGGUCCGUUGCCUAAUGAGGCCAUCUUGGUCACAGUGCUCUCAGCUUCGGCUCAACUGGGCUUGCUCGAGCACGGUCAGUUCGUACAUUCAGUCGUAAGCUCAUUAAAUCUCCCAAUUACAGUCUCUCUUGGGACUGCUCUGGUCGAUAUGUAUGCAAAAUGCGGAAGCAUCGAACUGUCUAGACUCGUGUUCGAUGAAAUGCCACGAAAAAACAUUUGGUCGUGGAAUGCCAUGAUUUGUGGAUUGGCCUCCCAUGGCCUUGGAAAGGAAGCUCUCGCGCUCUUCGAAGGAUUCUUAUCUGUAGGUCUCCAACCAGCGAGUGUGACUUUUGUGGGGGUCUUAAACGCUUGUAGUCGAUCAGGUCUGGUUAGGGAAGGUAGGCAAUAUUACAAGUUGAUGACAGAGAAAUAUGGAAUCGAACCUGAGAUGGAACAUUAUGGGUGCAUGGUCGAUCUCUAA